AUGAUUUCUUCUUACAGUUGUUAUGAUUACACGGUGACGGCUCAUUCUUACUAUCGACUACCCCAGUGAUCGAGUGAGGGUGUUGUAUCGAUAUUUUUGUGUGGAUUUUAACUGUCAACAAAUACUCCGUAUCAACAUGGGAGUCUUUAGUUUUGAAUUGCUGUGUGCAACACUUCUGGUACCAACGUGGGCUGUAUUUCCUGGCUACUUUGGUUAUCCUGCAGCUACUGGGCCAUUUUAUCCAAGUGUGAUUCCUCAAUCAUACCAAGCACCACCCCUUUUUACAUACACAGUAUACACAGCACCAGAAACUGUUGCUGCUACUCCAGCACCUUUGGCAAGAAACAUAUACACCUCUCCAGAUGAUACCUACAGUGGCUACUCCUACCAGACUGAAUAUGAGGGAGGAGGAAAAAGUGAAGUGGUAUUUGUGACAGGUCCACAGGCCAACCAACUUCUGCAAAAAUCCAUAAAACUUUUCCAAAGAAUCCUACCACCUGAGGUAGAACAACCUACUGGUCGAUCGUUAAAUUCAAAUGCUACAAACAAUUCUACAACAGCACCAUCUAUUAAUACCUCUACCUCAAAUGAGCCCAUCUCUUCCCACUAUCAUAUUCAACUCUAUCCUGCUCAUACAUCCCCUUUCAUAGGACAAGACCUUCCACUUCAAAACCUUAUUUCUUCCUUUGGAUACAGUAUAACCAAUGAAAUUGCCAAUUCUGUCAAGGAUGCCUCUGAGAAUGCUGAGGAAGCACAAGAAAGCAUGAUUCAUGGUGACACUGUAAUAUCACCACCUCCUGAUUCAUCAGCUGGAGAAUCCCAGAAUGCCACAAGUGCACCACAAACUACACCACAAUCUACUUCUGAAGGAACUUCAACUACCACCACUACCACUACGACAACUACCACGCCUGCUCCUACUACUUCGAACCCAGAAUCAUCCACAAGCAAUGAAAUAACAGCUGAAGAAACAAAUGAAAUAUCAGAUUUAAAUACAACCACCUUAGCAUCUGAUGAGAUAAUGGAAACAACCAGCGCUUGAACACACUCCCCAAUAAAACUGAAUAUGGAACAUGAAAAAAAAACCCAUUAAAUUGUAUGUCAUUAGGAAAGAUGUAGGUUCUCCAUGACACCACACAUUUCUGCUCCGAAUGGAAUGUCAUGAGAAUUUAAAUAAAAUUCCUGUCUACAUCAUUUAAGAUUAGUAGAAAACAGAACUACAAUAUUUCUUUCCUAAGGAUUAAUGAUUAAAACUUUCAAUACUUUAAUUAACACACUAAAGGCUUUCAGAAAUGUAUUAAUGUUAUAAACUUAAAACAUAUGUAAGUUGUAUAAUUUUUUUACUAGUAGCACUGAGAGGCAGGCAUGCUACUACUGCUUUAAUAUUUGUCAUUAAAAAUUAAGAAAUAUAACCAAGUACAUCCUACAUAAAUACGUACUUGUUUAUUAAAGAAACAUUUCUCACAAUAACUGAAAUCUUAACAACAACAUAGUUGAGCUUUCAGGUUCUCAGAGCAGUGAGUAUGAAGAUGGCUGUCUUUUGGGUUGAUGCACUGUGUAGUCUGGUGCAAUUUUACCGACGUUUCAAACGUGCUUACAGACUCCAUCAUCAGUGAGGCACAUUUAAAACAUCAGUCAACUUCUACAUGAGUACACAGCACAACAAACCAGAAGACAGCCAUCUUCAACAACACAGUUCCUUUCAGUCUUUUUUAAAGCACUGACUAAUUACUAUUUACUUGUAAGACAAGACGAGACGCGUUCUUGAAUUUGUAACGCUUUUUUUAAAAUCAAAUUCAAUAUCUAGCCUUUUGACUGUCUUGCAGAGGUUAAGAUAGAAAUGAAGUCCUACAUGUCUCCAAAUAUUGUGAGACUCAAGAUGAAUAAAAACUAAAAACAAAUAGGGAACUAACAUCUGUUUAAAACUUUGCACAUGUGUAUGCAUAUAUGAAUGUAUUACUUGUUUCACUCAGUUUCAUUUCUGUCUGAUUCUUAAGUGUCUGAAUUAUAAAUUGAACGUAUUCCAAAAUAUUUACUUGUAUUUCAAUAUUCAUUUUAAAAUCAGUUGAACUAGAAUGCGCCUUGAGUCAGUUCAACAACAGGGGAAUAAAUUAACGGCAUCAGACAUGAGAUAAUCAUUCAGACAUCAGAAGUAGCCUGUCUAUAAAAUGUGUGUUCAUAUCCCUUUGAAUGGUUUACAAUAUAAAACAUGUACAACUCUAAAAUGUCUCAAAAUGCCAUAAAAUGUAUGAUGCACCCCAAAUUCAGAAAUUUUUAAAUGCAAAGAGAAAAGUGUCUUAUAAUUUAAGAAAUACACUAUUUACUUCUUACUUUGUUUUCCUUUCUUGCUUUUUCUAUCUUUUAUUCAUUCUUUCUUCCUGCCACAUUUAUUUUUCUGUAAAUUUAAAUACAUCUGGAACGGUAACAUUACAACACAACAUGGACUUCAUCUCUAUAAAUGACCAUUUUUAUUCUGAACAUAUUCUCAAAGACCUGGAAUCUGGAUGCUUCCAGGUCCUUGUAACAGCCCUGCAGUUCCAAGUAGUUUUUCAUAUCUUGCUAUGUACAUCCUUCCUGAAUGACUAUUCUAGCAAUAAAGUUUCUUCUUUUACAAAGAAGCAAGUGAAACCAAUAUAUUUUUUGGUGUCCAAUGUGGGGCUAUGCACUAUGUAGAUAAUGCAAUACAAAUCUCUGCACACAUACUGGGUACAAAAAACUGUGUAUUUAAAACAUAGUAAAAAAUUUUAGGGUAUGACAGUCUUGAAUACAAGUGUGAUUUAACACCUGUCAGACUUUAUCCCUGUAAAUAAAGGAUACUACAGAUAUUGUAAGAACCUCUGUAAACUAGUGUCAUCCUUUACAAAUAAUAAUCUCUCAUAAAUUUGCAGAUACAAGAAUAACAUUAUUAAUAAAAUUAUGUAAGUUAUAUCUUAAUUGUCUCAAAAAUACAUUACAGAAAUACAAUUUGGACAUAUCAGGUGAAGGCAUAAUUAUUUUCAGAUUGCUGUAAGUUUCUUGUCAAGAGAAAAACACAGUUACAAUGAUGGAACUCCAGUUCUCUAUAAAACUGCUGGCUUGAGUUCAAUGAAUGCUAAAUGUUAAAAAUAUAUAAAGAAAAUAAUGUAAUUCAGAACCAGAACAUAAAUAUGGUUCAGAUAUCAAACACACUUACAUAUUUAGUUUUGUGUUAAAGCAAAAUAAAAAUAUUAAAAUAUG